GCGGGCGCGCAGACCCGGCGGCCGAGGCUCGGCGCCGCGAGAAACGCCCUAAAGAGGAGGGAGAGAGGGAGGGAGAGCGCGGCUCCGGAGAGCGAGCGCGAGCUGAAGCUGCCUGCCGGCGGAGAGGAGGAGUGGGGCGAGGACGAGGAGGAGCGGGGCGAGGCGCAGGCGAGGCUGGGACCCGGGGCGCGCGCACUUCUCCGCAAAGUGCCAACUUCCCGGGAGAGAGUGCCGGGCGCGCACCUUCUGGGCGCGGGGAAAAGUCAGCGGGAAUUUGAGAUUUUAGGGAAGAAAGUCGGACUCCCCCCGUCCCCCUUCCCCUGUUACUAAUCCCCAUUAAAAAGACAAACAACAAGAAUAACAGCAAACUUGCUAUAAUCCUGUCUGCCCCCCACUCCUGGCACCAUGAAGGCGGCCGUCGAUCUCAAACCGACUCUCACCAUCAUCAAGACGGAAAAAGUCGAUCUGGAGCUUUUCCCCUCCCCGGGUCUGAACUCCGGUGCUGCCGAAUUACAACCGCUUUCAUUUGUUUUUCCUGCUCCCCUACCAUGUAAUGGUCAAGGGCUCAUUGGAACCAUGUGUGAGCCUGGUGAGUCACCAAAUCCUCAGGACUUCAGUGAUAUGGAAUGUGCUGAUGUCCCACUAUUAACUCCAAGCAGCAAAGAAAUGAUGUCUCAAGCAUUGAAAGCUACUUUCAGUGGUUUCUCUAAAGAACAGCAACGACUGGGAAUUCCAAAAGACCCUCGGCAGUGGACAGAAACCCAUGUUCGGGACUGGGUGAUGUGGGCUGUGAAUGAGUUCAGCCUGAAAGGUGUGGACUUCCAGAAGUUCUGUAUGAAUGGAGCGGCCCUCUGUGCACUCGGGAAGGACUGCUUUCUCGAGCUGGCCCCAGACUUCGUUGGGGACAUCUUGUGGGAGCAUCUCGAGAUCCUGCAGAAAGAGGACGUGAAACCAUAUCAAGUGAAUGGAGUCAACCCUACCUAUCCAGAAUCCCGCUAUACCUCGGAUUACUUCAUUAGUUAUGGUAUCGAGCAUGCUCAGUGCGUUCCUCCCUCGGAGUUCUCAGAGCCUAGCUUCAUCACAGAGUCCUACCAGACACUCCAUCCCAUCAGCUCAGAGGAGCUCCUCUCCCUCAAGUAUGAGAACGACUACCCCUCGGUCAUUCUCCGGGACCCUCUGCAGACAGACACCUUGCAGACUGACUACUUUGCCAUCAAACAAGAAGUUGUAACCCCAGACAACAUGUGCAUGGGGAGGACCAGUCGUGGUAAGCUCGGGGGCCAGGACUCUUUUGAGAGCGUGGAGAGCUACGAUAGUUGUGACCGCCUCACCCAGUCCUGGAGCAGCCAGUCAUCUUUCAACAGCCUGCAGCGCGUCCCCUCCUAUGACAGCUUCGACUCCGAGGACUAUCCAGCCGCCCUGCCCAGCCACAAGCCCAAGGGCACCUUCAAGGACUAUGUGCGUGACCGUGCUGACCUCAACAAGGACAAGCCUGUCAUUCCUGCUGCCGCCCUGGCUGGCUACACAGGCAGUGGACCAAUCCAGCUGUGGCAGUUUCUUCUGGAAUUACUCACUGAUAAAUCCUGUCAGUCUUUUAUCAGCUGGACAGGAGACGGCUGGGAGUUCAAGCUUUCUGACCCAGAUGAGGUGGCCAGGAGAUGGGGAAAAAGGAAAAACAAGCCUAAGAUGAAUUAUGAGAAACUGAGCCGUGGCCUACGCUACUAUUAUGACAAAAACAUCAUCCACAAGACAGCGGGUAAACGCUACGUGUACCGCUUUGUGUGUGACCUGCAGAGCCUUCUGGGCUACACGCCCGAGGAACUCCACGCCAUGCUGGACGUCAAACCCGAUGCCGAUGAGUGACGGACACCAAAGGGGUCGGGGAAGCUCUGCUGAGACAUGUCGAAGAACAACCAUGUUGGUCGGACUCUUAAUUUUUAAUCGUUAUUCUAUUUUUAAUUUUCCAGAACUCAUUUUUUACAUUCAGGGGUGGGAGCUAAGUGAGCUGCAGCUAUAGUCAAUUGUACACAGUUGGAAAAAAGAGAGCCAGGACUUGUGGGGUGGGUGGGACGAAAAAUUCUAGAGCAAAUUUUCAGGAAAGAGAGAGAGAGAGAGAAAGGUCUUCUUAGAAGCUUGAAGAAUCUGGCUUAAGGGAGGAGGAGACUAACGUGUCCCAUUAUUUUUUUAAAAUCGUCCAUGAGAAAAAAAAUGUGUCUUGAGUUAUGGACCUAUUAGCAAAAGAAAUUGACACAGAGGAGUCAUGAGACCCAUGAAAAGGCAAUUAAUUUGCUUUUGUUUUUAGCUCUGGGAGGGCAAAAAAGAGGGAGGUGGGAUAAAACAUUUGGGGAAUGCACUAAAAACCAAGGACUGUUUACUUUUUACUCAACUUUCGAAACAAAGAUGGACUUCAGUGGGGAGGGGCCCAAACUGUUUUUUGUGUUAAAAUUUAUUUUAUUAAAUUUUGUGCCAGUAUUUUUUUUUUCCUUAAAAAUCGUCUUAAGCUCUAAAGUGGUCUCAGUAUUGCGGUGCCACGCAAGUUUGUUUUUGUUUGCCAGCUGAGGAUUCUGUCACAGUGCAAGGAAACUGUUUAUAUAGACCCCACUGGAAAUGCAAAGUGCUGUCACUGAGAUCGGGGAUCCCAAAUUCACGUGACUUCUAUAUGAAGGAAAAAAAAUCAUGCUGAUUUGGGUACAAGGGACCUGUGCAUAUGAAUUUCAUCUGUGUUUUAAAAAAUGAUCACUCCCCUCUUCUUACUUGUCAUUAGUGGAUUCUUGGGGUUUGGACUUAACGUUGAACUAAGAAGCAUUAAGUCUUCGAACUGAAUGUAUUUUGCGGCCCUGGUUUUGGAGCCAGGAGCACUGUUGAAGUCAUAGAAAGGAGAUCAAAGGAGGAAGACUGACUUGGUUCUUUAUUGGUUCUAUACCUAUAACAUAUAUGACUUGGAAUAAAAGCUGGGUGCAUGGGCAUUACUCCUCAGGUCUUUGGAAGUAAGUCCUGAAUGCAUGUCAUUCCAAACCAACACUCUACACUUUCUCCUUUAUGUCUCAUUGUCCCGCAACCUACGUUUAUUGCUUCCCCCCACCCUGUUACCCAGUAGAGAGAAAUGUCCAGCUUUCCGAUUGGUGAGUGAAAGAGCAAUGCAGUCAUGACAUGAGGUGAAGAGUGUCUGACAAAGCCAUAUAGACGUCCUGGGUUUUAGGAACAAUGGAAGUUAAGGUUGCAUAGAAGUAAAAUGUGGCUUGGCUGUCUUUGGGAGGAGAAGUGCAAGGCUUUCCUUUGAAGAGUUUCAGCUAGUAGAGUCAGGUGUCAGGGGAGGCCGUGUAGGCAGAGUGGAGUGCAGACACUACUCGGCCCGUGCUUGGAUCUGUUAUCUUGGCACAGGGUAAGCGAGGGUUAAUAAUUACAGAAGAGACGAAUGACUUGAAGGCAAAGGAAACAUAAGAAAAGGAGCUUGAGUGAAGAAAAUGAGGUGGUCUGUGAGAUUUGAAUAGAUUUCUAGUUCCUCCAAAGUUCAACGACAAACUCACUUGACUGGGGCAGUGUUGAAGGGUGGUCUGCAAAGGUUUGGAUCUUUUUCCGGGGUGGGGAGGGUGGGAACAAACACCUAACCAAUGAGGACAAUUGCCUAAUACACUUGCACCCUCCUCCCCCAGAUAGAUGCCUGAUUAAAAGGGAUAAUGACAGAGGGACAGCUCUCUUGCAGAUUUCAGUGGGAGAGGCGAAGGGACAUUUAAGGUGGGCUUCUCAGGGCGAGCCCUUCUUGGGCUCUGGCUGAGAGACUGGAAGUAGUUACUACCUGUUAGCAUAUCUUCAAGAAAGUGGAUCGUUGACUUCCAGGUCCUCUUGCAGAGCCUGAAUUAUCAGGAGCUUAGCUCUGUGAUUCCUGAGUUUCCUCAUACUGAUAAAUCGGAGUGCCCACUUGGAAAGCAAAGGCAGAGUUGGCCCAGCUGUGUAUUCUCACCUUCUUCCGGAUGCGGGUGCCUUAAUGAAGCUCUCGAAAUAUUUUAGGAGCUGCUCAGGGAGUAUGAGGCAGAACCUUUGGAUUACAUUGUUUUCUCUUAGAUUAUGUGAUCUUUGUUGGGCACUGGCAGAGGCGUGUGUAUGUGUGUGCGUGCACGUGUGUACGUGUGUGUGCGUGUGUGCGUGCGUGCGUGUGCGCGCUUGCAGACGUGCAGAACUGCCGCUAAAAUAUUACCUGGGUUUUUCAGUGAAGUCUUUCCACAUUUCAGUAACGGGCAAGAGUAGAACCAAGGCAGGGCAUCGGCCAUCGCUUGCUGUUCGCAACCAGGCAGAACGUGACUUUCUCAGUGCAUCCAACCUUUCCUCUUGCAUUUCUGCUGGAAACUCCCCUCGUGUGAGCGUGUCUAAGUCCUGCAAGAACUCCAUAGCAGUUAAGAGAGAAGAAAGUACCUCUUCCUGAGCCCGCUUGUUUGCUAAGAUGCCUCUCUCUCUAGGUCCGCCGUUUUCCGCAUUUGUAGAUAGCGCGCUAGUGAAGCCAGCUUUGUGCAUCUGGCCAGAUGCUUUUUCUCCUUCUGUCCAGAGGCCAGAGACCAUCCCAGGAAGAGUGGUGGGUGGUUUAUACACUGGAAAUGUAGCAGAAUUGUUGCAUUUAUGCUUUUUAAAAACACAUGUUAACUUCAGAGGAAGGAUGGGCAGAUCUGGUUGAGCUGAUGAAACCCUUAUUUUCCUGGAGAUGCCUUAACCCAUGUUGGUUUUGGCUGUUGGGUUCAGGGUCACUUUUGUUUCCUUCUCCAAGCAGGGGAGGGACUUCCCUACACAGAGCCCUGGUUUUGUGGCUUUGGGGAUCAGAGGUAGCAUUCAAAGAUCAGAUGUGCUUUUCCUCACUUUGGAGACAAACACUCUGGGUUUUAGAGCAUUAACCUGCCUAAUCUUCAUGGUGAAAAUCACACCUUCUCUGUUCUAGUCAUGCUGUGCAUGCUGCUUUCUGUUGGGGUCUAUAUAAAUGUGUUGAACUCAUAUCUACAUUCCAAAGAAGUUUCAAGGAACCAUAAAUAUAUGUAUACAUAUACAUAUAUAAAGUAUAUAUAUUAAAAUGAAAUUAUCUCUAUCAGGAAUACUGCCUCAGUUACUGAACUUUUUUUAAGAAUACUUUUUUUUUAAGCUGAGAAGUAUAGGGGUGAAAAAGAUGUUAUAUUGUGUUUGACUAUUUUCCAACUUGUAUUUUCAUAUAAUUUAUAUUUUUUAAAAGCUGAACAUUUAAAAGCAAGAUGAAAAAAGGAAAAGCAGGUGCUUUUUAAAAAUCAGAACUGAGGUAGCUUAGAGAUGUAGCGAUGUAAGUGUCUAUGUGUUUUUUUUUUAAAUGCAAAAAAAUUUCUUAUGGGGGAGUUUUUUGUUUGUUUAUUUUAGUAGCUGAUGCUGGCACAUCAUUUUGCUGGAGAGUUUUUUAUAUACUGUAGCCUGAUUUCAUAUUGUAUUUUAAACUGUGUGAGAUUAAAAACAAAGAAAUUCAUUCAUAACAA